CACAGAAGUCAGUUGACUUCAAAAGCGCUGAGGACGAGGAUCCUCGUCCUCGCACGGUCACACCACAUAAAUUCGCCGCCGCAGCAUAGGACUCUCCACCCGUCGGAGACGAGCAGAGCGAUCCAAGGGGAGCGGAGGAGGAGAAGAUGGGUGGCGGGAUGGAGGUGCACAAGAACCGGUGGAUCGAGGAGUGGAACGCUGGCCGCGAAAACCUCGAGUUCAACUUCCGCUGGACGCGCCGCAACCUCGCCGUCGUCGGUCUCUUUGGCCUCGCCGUUCCCAUCCUCGUCUACAAGGGCAUCGUCCGCGAAUUCAAUCCUUGUGCAGUGCAUGGUUUGCAGAACAGGUGUGGAGAGUUGAGUUCAUCCAGAUUUGGUUUGCAGAACAGGUGUGGAACAGAUGUGGGGAGUUGCUUAGAAGUUGAGAACAUUGUAGCAUUACACUCUCUGGUUCUUAGAAACGUAACGCUCUUAUCUAGUGAAUUGUUACAUUUUAAUUGUUGCUGAUGAGAUAUCGAGAGUUCAUUGGUGUUAAGCCAAGCCCUAGACCUUCUUGAUGGGAGAAAGUUUCCCUUCUUUAUGUGUAUAUCAGCCUUAAUUGAAGUAGAGAAAACUUGUUGCCCCUAGUUCCGCCAAGGAAAAUUGACUAUUUGCCACUCCUAAGUCGUGGCUUUGGCAAAAUGCCACUCUAAAUUUGAGCUUCGAUAAAAUGCCACUCCUGAUGUGAGCCCCCUUGAUUAUGUGCCACUUUGACCAUUUUUUUUUUGAAC